UGGAGAGAAAGAAAAGGCGGAGAGAGAGAGAGAGAGAAACAGAGGGAGAGACGGAGGGAGGGGGAGGGGAGGGCUCCGUUCCCGCUGACAUCACCGCCGCCGCCCCUCCCCCCCCCCCCCUCGGCGCGGGCCGGUGGCCAACUCGGGGGGGUCGGUGGCCACCGGGGCCGCCGCGCCCGGAGGAGCCGUCGGCGAUGGAGGAGAGCGGGAGGACCCGAGAGCCCGAGCAGGCGCCCCCCUCGCCGCCGGCCAAGGAGGAGACUCGUCCCCAGCCCGAAGGUGCCAGCUGCGACCUCGGCCCCACUGCCACCGCCCCCUUGGACACCCGCAUCGUCAUGGGCGAGGAGACCCAUUCCACCACCCCUCCGGAGCUCCGAGGAGCUUCGUGUCCUCCUGCCGUGCCUUGUCCUUUCCCCGCGCCCACCAAAGAUGACCACCACCACCAUCACCACCACCACCACCACCACCUCCUCCACCACCACCUCCAAACGGCCGAAACCACCCCGGCGAGAUCCACCACCACCACCACCACCACCACCAUGGUGGAUCCUGAUCUCUUCUUCACCGCCCCUUCCACCCCGAUCCGAGUGGGAAGCUCCAGGUUGUCCCAAGUUGACGAGCAAACGGAUGGAGAAAGCGAAGGGCUCUUCUCACCACCGACGUCUCCUUCCGGGUCCUACAUGACGGCCGAAGGAGGUAGUUGGACUUCUUCCGGCACCGCCAGCACUUCUCCGUCGUCUUCUCCAAACCUGGUGGCCGAGGCUGAAGGUUUAGGAGAAACCGAAGCCAUGGUUGAAACUGAAGCCAUGGUUGAAACCGAAGCCAUGGUUGAAACCGAAGCCAUGGUUGAAACCGAAGCCAUGGUUGAAACCCAAAGCUUCCUGAGAUCCACCGCCGCCUUUCCCACCUCUUUGGAAGAUCCUUCAACCUUCGCCGGUGAAGAUGAGGAGGAAGAUGGACCCUUCGCACCACCAGGAGGUGGUGAGGAUGAGGAGGAUGAGGAGGAUGGACAGACACCAGAAGAAGAUGAUGAUGAUGAAGAUGAAGAAGAUUGGGAGGUCUCAGGAGGUGUGGACUUAAUCCCGGCGGCGCUUUUGCCCUUCCGGGGCAGUUUGCUCUUCCAAGCAGAAGCGGUGGAGAUCGCUCCGUUGCCGCUUUCCGGUGAGGAAGAAGAAGAAGAAGAAGAAGAAGGAGAAGAAGAAGAAGGUGGUAGCACCUCAGCUUCCUUCCUUCACUCAUUGUCGGAGACCUCCAUCACCGAAGGGGUGGACGAAUCCUUCGCUUUCCGCGAUGACACUUCGGCGUCCUCCGAUUCGGCCGCUUACGACGGUGAAGAGGACGAACGGCUCUACGGCACCGAGCGCCACGCGGUGGCCACCGAAGCAGGACCUGGGGCCACCAGCCAUGGUGGCAUUGAGCUUCAUCUUCACGCCGGGAUGGCUUUGAGCGGUUGCGGUUCUCCGGAAGGUUCUCCUGGGCGCCAUCGCUGGGAGGAAGCGGGGAGUGUGGUGGCCGGCGGGGAGGACGUCGGCGUGGAGCGGAUGGAUGAUGGGAUGGAGGUGGUGGAAGGUGGGGAGAUGCCACCUUCUGGAGAAGGUGGGGUGGAGGGAGAUGAUGAGAUCUUCCUCACUUCAUCCUCCUCGGAGCUGGAGGAGACUUCGGUCUUGGAGCGUCGUGUCCCACCGGAGCAUCUCCAGCUCCUGGAGGAGACAUCCGGGGCUGAGAAGGAGCUGGUGGUGAAGGGUGGUUCCAGCAUGGAGGAACCAGGAGAGGAACCCACCGUGGAGCUGGUGGGGAGCGGCAGUGUCCUCUCACCACCCGUCCUCCUCUGCUCCGAGGAGACCGGAGCCACCAAAGCCAACGGACCGCGGCGGGAGGAGGUGACACCGGCCACCGGCGAGACCCAGGGCGGCCAUGGGGAUGGUGACCAUGAGCUUCACACCAUGAGAACGGGAGGGGUGGAGCCAACGGCCGUCGAUGGUCACGAUGAGGUGGAUGUGGUGACCUCUGAGCCUCAUCUGGUGGGUGAGCAGGACAGCGUGGCCACCAGCCUGGUGCCAGCGGUCACCUCAAGAGCUUCAGAUGAGAGGGACACCGUGGCCUCCAACGUGGCAUCGUUGGUGACCUCAAGAGCUUCAGAUGAGAUGGAUCUCAGAGCCUCCGGUGUGGCAUCGUUGGUGACCUCAAGACCUCCAGAAGAGAUGGAUCUCACAGCCACCAAUGUGGCAUCGUUGGUGACCUCAAGUCCUCCAGAUGAGACGGAUCUCAGAGCCUCCAGUGUGGCAUCAUUGGUGACCUCAAGACCUUCAGAUGAACCAGACACUGUGGCCACCAACUUCACAUCAUUGGUGACAUCAAGAGCUUCAGAUGAGCCGGACACCAUGGCCACCAACUUGGCAUCGUUGGUGACCUCAAGACCUUCAGAAGAGAUGGAUCUCACAGCCACCAACUUGGCAUCAUUGGAGACCUCAAGACCUUCAGAUGAGACGGAUCUCAGAGCCUCCAGUGUGGCAUCGUUGGUGACCUCAAGACCUUCAGAUGAACCGGACACCAUGGCCACCAAUUUGACAUCAUUGGUGACCUCAAGUCCUUCAGAUGAGAUGGAUCUCACAGCCACCAACUUGACAUCGUUGGAGACCUCAAGUCCUCCAGAAGAGACGGAUCUCACAGCCUCCAGCGUGGCAUCAUUGGAGACCUCAAGAGCUUCAGAUGAGACGGAUCUCAGAGCCACCAACUCAGCAUCAUUGGUGACCUCAAGCCCUCCAGAUGAGCCGGACACUGUGGCCACCAACUUGACAUCGUUGGUGACCUCAAGAGCUUCAGAUGAGAGGGAUCUCACAGCCUCCAGCGUGGCAUCGUUGGUGACCUCAAGACCUUCAGAUGAGCCGGACACCGUGGCCACCAACGCGGAGUUGGUGCCAUUGGAGACACCCAGGCCACCAGAAGAGCUGGAUGUGGUGGCCACCAAGGCAGAUGUGGCACCACGGCCACCAGAAGAGCUGGAUGUGGUGGCCACCAAGGUAGAUGUGGCACCACGGCCACCAGAAGAGCAGGACGUGGUGGCCACCAAGGUAGAUGUGGCACCACGGCCACCAGAAGAGCAGGACGUGGUGGCCACCAAGGUAGAUGUGGCACCACGGCCACCAGAAGAGCAGGACAUGGUGGCCACCAAGGUAGAUAGGCCACCAUCACCCGCACCACGGCCACCAGAAGAGCUGGACGUGAUGGCCACCAACUUGGACCUGGAACCAUCGGUGACACCCAGGCCACCAGAAGAGCUGGAUGUGGUGGCCACCAGCCUUGACCCAUCACUAUUAAAGACACAUGGGCCACCAGAAGAGCUGGACGUGGUGGCCACCAACCCUGACAUGACGCCAUCAGCGACACCCAGGCCACCAGAAGAGCUGGAUGUGGUGGCCACCAAGGUAGAUGUGGCACCACGGCCACCAGAAGAGCAGGACAUGGUGGCCACCAAGGUAGAUAGGGCACCAUCACCCACACCACGGCCACCAGAAGAGCUCAACAUGGUGGCCACCAACCUAGAUGGGGCACCAUCACCCACACCACGGCCACCAGAAGAGCUGGACGUGGUGGCCACCAAGGUAGAUAGACCACCAUCACCCACACCAAGGCCACCAGAAGAGCUGGACACGGUGGCCACCAAGGUAGAUGUGGCACCACAGCCACCAGAAGAGCUGGACAUGGUGGCCACCAAGGUAGAUGUGGCACCACGGCCACCAGAAGAGCUGGACGUGGUGGCCACCAAGGUAGAUAGGCCACCAUCACCCACACCACGGCCACCAGAAGAGCUGGACGUGGUGGCCACCAAGGUAGAUAGGCCACCAUCACCCACACCACGGCCACCAGAAGAGCUGGACAUGGUGGCCACCAAGGUAGAUAGGCCACCAUCACCCACACCACGGCCACCAGAAGAGCUGGAUGUGGUGGCCACCAAGGUAGAUGUGGCACCACGGCCACCAGAAGAGCUGGACGUGGUGGCCACCAAGGUAGAUGUGGCACCACGGCCACCAGAAGAGCUGGACGUGGUGGCCACCAAGGCAGAUGUGGCACCACGGCCACCAGAAGAGCAGGACAUGGUGGCCACCAACCCAGACCUGUCACCAUCGGUGACACCCACCCCCCUGGAUGAUGUCACGGCACCAUCUCCACCACCACCACCACCACCGGCUGCGUCCUCCCAUGACCCCACUGAGGAGCCGAUGGAUGGGACGACCUCCUCAUCCCUGGAGCCACCAGGAGAUCCGAUGGACCGAGUGCCGAUGACACAACCCAUGAGGGACAUGGAUGACACCCCUGAAGAGUGGGACACCACCACCACCACCACCGAGGAGGAAUCAUCUCCGGAGCUUUUGGACACCUCCCGUUCCCGCACCGACUCCAGUUUCUUCACGGCCCCCGAGGACAGCGCUGGGGAGGUGACCACCACCACCACCACCACCACCUGGAGACCUCCACCAUCUUCUGGAGAUGAUGAUGAUGAGGAGGAGGAGGACGCUGCCCGCCGCUGCCUGGCCCUCUGCUUGCCCACCUCACCUCCUGCCGCCCCUCCGUUGGUCUUCACCGCCUCCCAGCAGGAGGUCUACGUGGGGGUCCCCGCGACACCUCAAGAACUUCUCCAACCACCCGGUGCCUUUUUGGAGAGCGGAGAAGCCCGGCAGGAGGUCACCGCCAUGCUGCGGGGGUCCUUUGGGGACCUACCGACCUCCCGCCUCCUUCCCAAAGCCCCUGAGAUGCCACCAGAGCUCCCCCAAAGUCCUUCCGGUGAUGGAACCACCGAGGAACCUCCAAAUCCUCAGGUGGACCACGAAACCGUAGGAGAAAGCGAUGCCAAAGUCCUACUUGAGGGAGGUCCUCCAAACCCCCUCAAGAAGCCCUCAGAACCUCUCGAGGAGGAGGAGAAGGAGGUGAUGGUGGGGGUCAAGUCCAGCCCCAAACUCGUUCUGGAAGAACCCCAAGUUCUCCCUUGUCCUCUGCUCCCCAAAUUCAGCCAAGUGCCUCCUCGCGCCACCACCACCACCGCGGUGACAUCGCCGGGUCCCGAACCCAACCGUGGCCACCAGGACACCUCAGGGCUUCCCGUGGGCAAAGAGCGGCCGUCGGUCCCUCUGUCCUCCAGGAAACACCUCGAGGCCCCCCAGGCCUCUCCCCACAAGGAGAAGGAGGUUCGGGGCAGACAGGGUGGUCCAAGCGGCCGAGGGCCACCUCGAGGCUCCCUACAGUCGGACUCGAGCUCCUCAAGCGAGACGGAAGCUCCGUACCCGUGUCCGGAGCUCCAACGCCUCCGAGAAGCUGCCGGUGUCCCUCUUCGCCCGGAAAAACCACCUCAACCUCCUCGCCGUUGCGAAGCCAACCAUAAAGGGUCUUGUAAUGAGUCGGAGAGUAAUGAUGAGUCCAUCCCAGAGUUGGAGGAACCGGAAGGGUCGGAGCCACCACCAACCCAGAGCCAGGCGCAGCUCACCCACUCGCUGGGCACCGGGGAGGAGACCUUCAGCAAAGCGAAGCAGAGCCGGAGCGAGAAGAAGGCCAGAAAGGCCAUGUCCAAGCUGGGGCUGCGGCAGAUCCACGGCGUCACCCGCAUCACCAUCCGCAAAUCCAAGAACAUCCUCUUCGUCAUCACCAAACCCGACGUCUUCAAGAGUCCCGCGUCCGACAUCUACAUCGUCUUCGGAGAAGCCAAGAUCGAGGACCUCUCCCAACAAGUCCACAAAGCGGCGGCCGAGAAGUUCAAAGUGCCCAUGGAGCCCUCGGCCCUCAUCACCGAGACGGCGCCCACCCUCACCAUCAAAGAGGAGAGCGAAGAGGACGAGGAGGUGGACGAGACGGGCUUGGAGGUGAGGGACAUCGAGUUGGUGAUGGCUCAGGCCAACGUCUCGCGGCCCAAAGCCGUCCGGGCGCUUCGCCACAACAACAACGACAUCGUCAACGCCAUCAUGGAGUUGACCAUGUAGCGGUUCCUCUGUAUCCAUGCACAGUUCCUCCUCCGUCGCCGUCGUUCCUCUUGGUGGACCUUCAUCUUCUUCUUCUUCUUCCGCGUCUGUAGCGCUCAAUAAAAGGCCUCACGUAUCACUUGGAUCGCAAAGGACCUCCUCCCGUGG